AUGGCGCUGGAGGAUCAAGAAGCUGCAAAGCUCUUGGACGUCGUGGAGUGCGAGCUCAUUGCCAACUGCUCCGCAGCAGUGAUGAGCCUGAUCAACCGCUUCAAAAUGGGUGAGAUCAAUUCGGGCACAGAGCAACCCAAGCGCUCCACGAUGGCCGUGUCUCAGCCACAGGAUGUCGUCGGAAGUGGGCGUGGACAUUAUCUGGCACCCACGCUGGCCAGCCUGCGCGCACAUGAGAUCCACCAUGCUUCGCCCGAGCCACGCAAGGAUGAGGCGAACGUGGAUGCAUCCUCGACCGAACUGCCGGAUGAGACGCCGAGCCCACCGUGGCCCCAGAUGCCAGCAGCCGAGGUCUCCUCAAGCCACGGCAACUUCCCGAUGUGGGAGUCUGAGCAGGUCACCCUGCCAUCUGCACAGAAGGAAGAAGAGGCGAAAGCUCCAGUCAAGCCACAGCGUGAGAUUGUCACCACUGUGGAUGAUUGGUUCAAUCUCGGGGAGAUUUUCGGCUGCUUCAUGGCAAGGGAGAAGAAGUGA